AGUUCACUGUCGCGUGCUUUGAUUUCAACCCUCUGCGGCGCGUAGCCGUCCAUGCAGGUUUUCUGAAGCCAUACAGUUGUUUGAUAAACAGACAGAAGUAUCUCACACAGGAUACGGACCGUUGAUGUAGCUCACUGAGGUGUUACCGUGGCGAUGGCUCGGCCUCCUCCGGACCCUCUGUACAUCUUGAGGGGUUCAGGGGCUGCAGUGAACACCCUGCACUUCUGCUGUGAUGUACAGGGACCUCCGCUGUUGUACUCUGGGUCUGGUAAAGGAGCAAUCCAUGUCUGGAAUCUGACCACAAGAAGACCAGUGCGUGUUCUAGAAAGCCAUGCUGGCCACUCUGUAAUCUGGCUGCACGCUUUUAAAGACAGCAGUAGUCUUAUCAGUCAGGGUCGAGACAUGCGUGUGUGCGUGUGGGAUCUGUCUGAAGGCCGCGGGACAGUGAUGGAUUCGCUCUUCACGGGCAGUGUAGGCUUCUGUCAGUGCUCUCUGCUGGAGACCCAACUGGGAACCACUUUACUGGCUCACCCCACAGAACACAUGGAUGAGGUGAAUGUGGUGGAGAUGAAAAACUGGACUCAGGUGUGCACUCUGAAACCAGAUCUUAAACUGGGAAUGCUCAUGUGCAUGAAGAUGUGGCAGGCAGAGUCUGGUCCUGUUCUCUGUGCUGGUUAUGAAGAUGGCUCUGUGGUAUUAUGGGAUGUUUCCCAUCGCCGUCCAUUCAGCCAUCUGAAGCCACAUUCUGAGCCGGUGAUGUGUCUAGAUGUUGACAUAUGCGGCAAAAAAGGCAUUUCAGCAUCUUCAGACGACAUCAUUCACUCCUGGACAGUUGACCCACAGCAAAACCUUCAGAUGCACAACUCCGUUCAGCUGACCAAUCCUGGAGUCUCCCAGCUGAAAAUCCGUGCGGAUGGCAGGAUCCUAGCGACAGCUGGAUGGGACAACAACAUUAGAGUUUUUGGUCGGAAGAAACUGAAGCCACUGGCUGUUUUGCAACAUCACACAGACAUGGUGAAUAGUGUGGCCUUCUCCGACCAUAAGGACCCACCACAGAGACUUCUGGCCGCAGGGUCCAAGGACCAACGGAUCACAGUGUGGUCUAUAUAUAGCGAAAGCUGAGGCCAGGUUUGAAAGACAAGGCCCUCUUUACCUUUUUCAUCAAGCUGAUUUUUGCAAAUUACUCUGACUUUAUUUACAUGCUUGAAUCUGGCGCUAAUAUAUUUCGCUUUGAAGGAAAGCGCUCCAAACACCAAUUAGCGUCUCAGUGCCGUUCAGAGGCGGACCUACAACACGGCAGGACGUGGACCAUUAACAGGACUUGACAGGCUAUGUUUCAACCUAUAGAAACAAGCUUGGUUUGAGAAAUUCCCACAUUGGGAAUCAAACAAAAGGAACUAAACUAAACACACUCCAUCAUCGUGUUUGGAUGCAACAAUAGCUUAUAUUUAAAUAUGUUUCAUUGUAGACGCUCACAUGUGUUUGCUUUCCUCCGAGGAGUAGAUGCGUAUUUGCUCUCGAAGUCGCACCUGAGCGGCGAUAUAAUCCACGGCUGUUUUUCUAAAUCUGUCUCAGAGUUUAAGGUUGCCCUUUGGAGUGACCUGUAUACAUCACGCAGGGUUAAUCACAAGGGCUCAGGCAACACAGACAGGCCUGUUUGUUAGAAAGAUAUAUUGAGCGAGUUUUGUUCUUUCCUUUAAGCACACGAGCUGAUGAAGGAGCAUGGACAAGGAUGACCUCUAUGUUGGGAAAUAGCUAAAAGACAAACCAUUAAUUUUUGAAUAUGUUGCUUUUGCAAAAGCUGGGAUUUUUAGUAAAGAGGUUUGAAUGAUUUAUUUAUGCAUUCGUCAGAAGCUUUUAUACGAAGCGAGUUAUUUCUUUCAAGCUAUACUUUUUUAUGUGUGUUUCCUGGGAUUUUAAACGCUCAACGUUUGGCAAUGCAAAUGUAAUGCUGAACUACAGGAAAACGUUGUUCUUUUUUAGGUAAUAACUUUUUAGAUUUUUAGGAACUCAUUGUGACUUUAUAUAAAACAACCCUAAUCAUUAGCGGACAUGCAGGUAGCUUUUUUGUCAGUAUAUACGGUUUAAUAGCCUUUUAUGGCACUUGGUUAAGUAGGUUUUAUGCAUCUCAGCUUUGUCGGUAGGACAUCAAACAGCUAACAGCCGUUCCGUCGCAUAAAGCAUAUGUCUCUAGGGACGUACCCAGACUGGAAUAUCUCAUCAGACAGUACAGGAAACUUGGGGAACAUGGAGGCCAUCCUUUUAAAGGAAAAACAACAGCGGGCGAGUCGCCGGCCAGAGAGGAAGACAAAACAUUUCAUUUCACAGUCUGCGUGGUGAUCAUUAGCUCGCCCUUUGUCAUUUGCGGACCCUCACGUACCUUUGUCCGUGACCUCUGUUAAGCUUGUCCGAUUGAUAAUCACUUCCUAUUUGUGUAGGCCUGAUGGGACGGGGGCAGGGUACAACAAAGCCCAAAGCGGGGUCCCUUCCAUCCGUUCCGUGCAUAAGCCCAUAAAUGCUAGAGAUCGUACCUCCCAAGUUAAUAAUAGAUCACUUAAGAAGUCAAUAUAAGCAGAACCUCGACACGGGCCACUGACAAAAACCUGCGGCUCAGAGAACAACAGACAUGCGCCUGUGUACCGCACGAGGGGUCAGAGGUCAUCGGACCAUUCUACUCCAGCUUAAACAAACUUUCAGUCACCCACAAUGGUCUCUGUAUGGUGUGUGUUGCUAGAUGCAAAGAUACCCUUGGGUCUCUUUGGUUAGACCAGGAAAAUAGAUUUUUGCUUUUGGAAACGAAUAAUAAUCCUUGGUAAUCAUCACAGGCUGAGGAAAUUGCACUUGGAAGGAGAGAAAGUUCAAACUGGAUGCAUUACAGUAAAAUGUUUAAACGUUGCCAAGAUAAUUUAAAAUAAAACCGUGUUUUGUGAGAUAAGCUUCCCCUGCUGAUAAAAACAAUAGAAUACACAGCAGAAAUGAUAUGUGUUUAAUGCUUAUAAUGGGAAUUGUACUGGUUUUAAUGGUCUCUACAACAGCAAUUGUUCUAUAAUAAGACUGAAACGCACUAUAUAAAGGAUAAUGAUUUUAAUGGUAAACAGCAAAUGUUUCAUAAUGGUAUUUGUAAUGGAAACCAUUAGAAUCGCUGUUGUUUUUCAGCAUGGUUAUGAUUUGUUUUCAUAUUUUGUGAUGACAAAUGAAGCACAAAUUCCAUUUCGUUGAAACACAGGCAGUAGGUAAACAUCUUUGCAGUUUUUUUUUUUUUUUUUUGAAGAUCUGUCUUUGAAUGUGCAAGAGAGAGAAAUGUACACAAACGAUAGGCUUGUCACAACAGAUGUUCAGAUGCGACCAUGUGUCUCUCAUAUCCUGCGCGCUUUAGUUUAAUGUCUGGUAAUGUAUAUCCUUCCUUACAUGAUUGUAGAUUUUAAUAUUUAUUAUUUUGCUUCCACAUUUGUCCAAAAAAAGUUUUUUGUACCUUUUUUUCAAGUUGUGGCUGGCAUUAGUAGGCUGCGUACACACUAUACGGAGACCGCGUCUUUUUGUAUUAUGGAUUAUUCAAAUAGUUUUAAUUUUUACUUUAAUAUUAUUAUUAUUUUAAGCAUUUUUCUUAAUUACUCUCUAAAAUGGUAAAAGUGAUUAAAAUAAAUAAUUAUAAAUGUAGUAUAAGACGCUGUAAUUGGGUUAAGUUAAAAAGUGUUGUAUAUAAUUAAACAAAUGAUUUAUUAGAUAUAUUUUAAUCCACAUCAUCCAGAAGCUAAAUAAUAUUUUAUAAUUUAAAAAAUUAUAUUUUGCGUAGUUAUAAUACAUCUGUGGUUUUGCCUUAAACAUUCUUUGACUAGUUAACAAAAGAUAACAUAAAUAAGUAAAGCAAUGCCCAUUAAUUGCUGUGAACCCGCUAUUUUAACUUUUAAACCGAGUAGAAAUAAUGUCAAAAUGUCAAACGUUUUUAAAUGUUACAUUUUAUUAAUAUACGUUCCGUAAUUUGCGUUGUUAAUACAUAAUGCAUAGUUUUAAAAAUGAUUAUACACAAAGCAAACAUUUCGUCUUAAAAAUAUAUAUAUUUUCUACCUUUGAACAACCAUAAUUCCGUAAAUAUUUUUGAGUAUAAGUCAAAUAAGUGUUGACAUUAUUUUGUGGCCUUGAAAUGCCGAACAGACCAAUGUAUCUUGCACAUAAUAACUCAAAUAUGUCACCGUAUUUGCCUAUAUUUUCAAGGCGCAGGUAUUUCCUUUGAGAUCAAACUGUAUCCGAAUGCGCACGCAAAACUUCUCACGCAUCGCUUUGAACUUUAAAGUCGGAUGCAUUUUUUGGGACAUUCGGCCAUAAAUAAUGAGCAUUUAUUUAAGAAGCGGUCAGUUGUGGAAACAGUCAUCAAUCGUCAUGUAUGGAUGCAGGUAUACAGGUUGGGCCCCAUGCGUCGGUCCACAUCAAGGCGAAGCGGCACGAGAGAAAACACAGAUGGGCAGACCCCAGACGGAAGAGUCAUGGGUCCGGGUGUCCUCGUCUUCCUGACGGGCCAAACUCAUUACCUCCAACCGGGAACAGGCUCACGCGAGGGGAGGCCCAAACCUCCAAACGGACUCUUCCUGCCCCAAAUGUACAAGGGCAGCAAAAUAACUUUUGCGUUUUAUUUGACAUUAGACGCAUUGUUAAAAGAUUAAUUGCGUUUUACCAUAAAGACAAGAUGAACAUUUCUGACAUCGCUAUGAAGUAUUGGCUACAAUGAACCACCAAAUACCUGUAUGAUUGGGGUAUUUAAAAGUAGUUAAAUAAUUAAAUAUGAAAUAAAAUAAAAGUAUUUAAUAAAAUACUUUUAAAAUACACUUAUUAACAAAUAUAACUUAUACGGCUAAAAUUAAAAUAGCAUAUUCUAUAUUUUCUUUUGUAUACAAUUUCGCCAUAAUUUAAUUUAUAAUACAAUUCCAGUUAAAAUGUAAUGUUGUAAAAUUACUUUUUCAAUUGCUAACACACCACACCGUCUAUAGCGCAAAAUUAUGUUAAAAAUAUAAGACAUAUGAGUCGGUCCUUAAAUAGCUGGAAACACUGCAAGGUUUAAUACUUCAGAGAGUCCUUAGCUGUCAGAGGUCAAAUGGUGUGCAAGCGUUGCUUUCCUCUUCCCAAAUCACAUUGUUAAGAAAAAGUGAAGUAGACAUUGCUGUACGCCCCUCGGCUCAUUUAACAUACCAGCAGGUCACAUAUAUUACAGUAUUCACAUUACAUUAUUGCAUAAGUAGCAACACAAAACAACUUCAUUUAUUUUAUGGUUUGUAAAUAUGAAUAUAGGAGGAUUUUACUUUUGUUGUUUUUUUUACAGAGCAAUUUUUGUUUAAUAUUUUUUCUCUGUGAAAUGUAUAGUCUUUAAUGAGCUAUGGCACU